CCGCCCCGCCCCGCCGGCCCCGGGCUCCGCCUCCGCCGCGCCGGGCCGGAAGGGGAGCGGGAGGAGGUGGCCGCGCCGGCCGCCGGCCCCGGGCUGCAGCGCCGCCGCCCGCAUGGAGCCCAACGUGCGCUUCGGGAUCGUCGAGCGCCAAUCCUUUUUCCAGAGGUUUCUUCAGUGGACAGAGCUGUUGGACCCUACCAAUCUGGUCCUCUCCAUCGAAAAAAUUGAAAAAUCACGGCAAAUACUGUUAACAAAUGAAGAGGCUUUCAAACUUGACUCGGAAGACCCCCGGAUCAUGGAAGCUUGGAAGAGAAGUCUCUCCACGGUGCACCCCGACAGCAGCAGGCUCAUCCCCGUCCCCCUCCGGCCUGCAGCGUUCCUGCCCUUCACUGCGCCCAUGGUGUUUCUGUCACUCCUGCCCACGAAAACCCUCAAGUCCAUGGUUCUGCCUCAGGCCUCCCUGUACACCUACUGCACCGCCUUCAACCUGGUCAACGGCAACGCCAGCUACAACCGCGGCCCGGUGGAGAGCCUGCUGCUGGGGGCAGGCGUCACGGCGUCCUGCACCUUCUUUGGACUGAUUCCUCGUUGGGUGUUGAAGGCGCCACUGAAGAACUCUCUGCUGAGGAAAUCCUUGCCCGUCUUCCUCCUGGCGUACAUCAGCGGGAUGAACGUGGUCGCCACCCGGAGCCUGGAGCCCAUGCGCGGGAUCGAGGUGAUGGACAGAGAAGGGAACAUCAUCGGCUACUCCCGGAAGGCCGGGACCAAGGCCGUGAAGGACACGGCGACGUCCAGGGUGCUGCUCUUCGGGACCUCGGCGCUCAUCCCCGAAGUCUUCUCCGUCUUCUUGAAAAAGUCGCAGAUCUUCGUGCGGUUCCCGUGGUCGCUGUGGCCCCUGAAGCUGUCGUGCACGGUGCUGGUGCUGGGGCUGAUGGUGCCGCUGUCCUUCAGCAUGUACCCGCAGAUCGGACAGAUCCCCAGCAGCCAGCUCGAGGAGGAGAUCCAGGCGGCCACGGAGGAGGCGGAGCUGUUCUAUAACAGAGGGGUGUAGGCGGGCCUCGCACCCGCCUCUGGGGCUGUGCGCCCGGAGCCCACGGCCCCAUCUCCAGCACCCGGGGCCUUGACUGCAGGACGCUCGCCCCAGCCCGCCCAAGUGCCCCACGGCCAGUGGGGUGCCCUCAGCCUUUGUGGGUGCCUUGUCCGGGGCUGCUGAGGGGCGCGAAGGCUACCUCUGCUGUGUGUCCUCUGACCUCUGGCAGGACCCUGGAAACGACCAUUAAACUUGUCUCAAGGG